AUUGUGUUGGUUGAUAUGUGAUAAUAAUCCGCUAUAGCAAUGCAUUCUGUUUGCAGGUGAUUGGAUAUUAAGCUGAAAGCUGGACCUUUUCGGUGGAAAAAAUAAACGAAUGGAGUGGUCACUAUUUCAAGCGGAUUUUUCUCAACAAAAAAGUGAUUAUGAGUAGGUUUUUGCAUUAUGUUGGAUUUUUUCACUAGGCACUAUGGCCACUCAAAUUAACGACAGGACUCUUAGGAUUAUAAGUAGCUCAUACAGUAGCUUGUUUCCACCGAGAAAUUCACCAGAAAAACCAAACGAUAAAAAAAUCAAAAUACCGGAUAAACAGACAUUGGAACGGAUCCACAAACAAAUAUUUUCCGGGGGUGUGCGUGCGCCAACUCUAGCAGACAUCAACACUGGAUACAGCCGAUACCCCAGCAGACAAAGUAAUAUGGAGUCUCCACUCCGAUAUCAGCUAAAAAUUCAUAGCAAACACAUCGGAGGAAGCAAAACAACGAUACAAAAUCUGGAAAUGGAGCGGAGUAAUAUGUCUUUAGGAAGUUUGGGAAGUUAUCCUAAAAUGGUUAAAUUCUUACUUCCGAAUGGCUGUACGAAGUCUUCCGAAGGUGAAUCCUCAUUUGAGAAUGAUGCUGAGAAAGACGAGUGGGAGAAAUGGCGGGAUUCUGUGGCGGGUGUCAGGGAUGCCCGCGAUGUUCUGUACAGGUAUUCGGUGAGUAAGGACCGGGAAAUCCGGUACAACAGCUCCACGUUACCGCACAUCCCCAAAGAAAACAGACCCUGGACGGCGGGGGAGGAAACACAGCCAAAAGUUCGUAAAAACAAUUUAGUUCUCGAUUUCUCCAAAGAGUCCAAGUCAGAUAAAACACAACAUGUUCCACAACCCCAUCGACAAGCAGCACUCAGCAGGACCCUGCGCAGGAAAUUUUUAAAAAGUCGGGAUAGUCAACAUGAAGUGAACUUUCUAGAGGUAAAACGCAUCACAGCAAAUCAGGAUUUAACCAAGGGUGAAUAUGGCCAAUGCACAACAAAUGUUCAGCAACCAAUCGAGUUUCACGGAAUAGGAUUCACGAGGAAUCGGAUGGAGCGACCAUUAAAGCAUGAAAAUCUCUACGGACGGCCCAUGUACCUUUCCUAUAAACAUUAUGAACAGGUCCCGGCCAUUCCUGUUGUGACCUCAACAAAAGAGUACAAAUCAGUUGAUGCAUAUAAACAAUACGUAGAAAAUCUCCAAAACAACGUUAUUGUGGAGGGGCAGAAGCCCGGAUUGCGGGAAAGAGAGAAAAGCGACCUCUCACAAUAUGGACAGGAGAACCGCAUUCUUCAGUCUGUUAUCAACGUCAAUCAACCAGCUGAACCAAUCGAUUUGCAGGAAAGUAAUGACGUCAAACCUAUCGCCGAAAAUGACGCAGAGAAUCAAACUAACAGGUCGAACCUCUCUAUCAAUAGAAACGAGGAUGCACACACUAAUCGGUCAAACAAAUCUAUCGUGGUGGAAAUCAAGUCGACGUGGAGGGAGAGAGAAAACACGGACGAACACAACAUCCAGGAGCAGGGAGAACCCGUCAUGGACGCUCUACAGCCUCAGGGUGAGGAGGGGGCGGAUAACGAUCCCCACUCCCCUAAAACAUGAGGGGAAACAUACUUUGUUUCAUGCAUUUUGUCAGUUUUUGGUCAUUGUUCUGUGUUCUGAACGAAGCUAUAGACAACUAUUAUGUGAAAGUCUUUCGUUUAGUCAUUUUCACAAUUAUAUUUAUACAUGUAAUAGUAUACUGCUAUGCGAACAGUGUUCAGAAAGAGUCUUUUUUUUACUAAGGAUAAGAAAAAUAUCUAAACAUUUAAAACAAAAGUCAAAGCUUUAACUAAACAUGCUAAAAGAGUAUUGUUUAAAUUUUAUUUCGGUCGUAAAAAUUUGAGAGUAUAUGGUUUGCACGGAAAAAAGGAAAUGCCUGGUUCAUUUGAAUGGUGAUUUCAAAUUCCUAAUAGCUAUACAGCUUUAAAAGUUUUGGUUUAACAAUGCUAUUUUCCUUUCUAUUUUUAAAGUGUGACCAUUCUCAGGCGAUUCUUCUGCUCUUGCAUCAUUUUGUUAAAGUUAUAUUCCCAUUGAUUGUUUCACAAGAUAAAACAAUAUGUAAGUAAUAAUUUUGAAAAACUUGAUUUCUGCAUUAAGCUAGUGGUUUAUCGAUAUUACCUAAGGGUAGAGAGGGAGAAGUGGUUGGUAUGAAAGAUUACACGGAAUCAGGCGUAUGUUAAGGUCACACACAACGUAGUUUGUGUGUUAAGGUCACACACAACGUAGUUUGUAUGUUAAGGUCACACACA